GAAAUAGCCCGGGAGGGCGAGGGGGUGGGUGGCUGGGGCCGAGGCCGGAGCGAGCGCAGCGGCGCGUCCGGGCCGAGCAGGCGGUGGCGUGCAGGACAGGCCGGCUGGGAGGCGGCGCGGAGCUGGGGCCGGCGCGGCGCGGAGGCAGGAGAGCGAGACGGGGCCCUGCCCGGGAGCCCGGGGCGGGAGACCUGAGGGGGGCGGCGGGCCUGGAGCUGAGCCUGGAGCGGUCCUGGCCCCGCCGGCCCUGGGAGCCCGGGGGAGGGGGAGCCGAGUGAUCCCGAAGGGACGCCGAGUCCCUUCCGGGUCCCCGUGGUCCUUUGAACCCCGGGGGGGGAUUGCGUCCCUGUUUCCUGAGCCGCUGCGGGGGACCACAGCCCCUCCUCCUGACCCGGAUUGGGACCCCAGGUCCCCCUCCUGAGCCCCGGGGGCGUCCCCCAGCCCCCUUCUCCGGACCCCAUUAUGUCUCUGAGCCAGCAGUCCCCUGUCUGAGACCCAGGGAGACUUUCUCUGACCUCUCUUCCCCGAAUGGCCGGGGAGACACCCACUCCCUUCUCCUGGUUUCCAGCAGGUCGCCCGCCCCUUCUCUGAAGCCCAGCCGGCACUCUACAGCCCCCUUCUGUGAAUGUUGGGGAGGAGCGUCCUACUGCCUUUCUGAGACCCAGAAGGAGUUCUGACCCGUUCUGAACCCCAGUGGGGACCCAACUUCUCCCUCCCCAGACUCUGAGCCCCAGAGAAACCAGGAGGCAUCUCCUCUCCAAUACAUAGAGGGCCUCGGCAACCCUCCCUGGGUACCCCAAUCUCUGAGCCUUAGUGGGGUGCUCAGAGCCCGUCCCCCAGGACAUCCAGUUUCCUGGAGAUUCCUCCCAGUGGGGACCCAGAGCAGCCCCUCAGAGGCUCAGCUAAUACUCAGUUCUCCUUUCUCCCGGGCCCUCAGGCGCCCCUCCUGGAUACCCAGCUUCGAGCUCUGGGCCUUGGGGGUACCUUGCUUUUCUUCUUGGUGCCACCCUCCUCCCGGAGUUUCUGUGGGUUCCCUGGGGCCUCCCCUCAACUUAGAGGGUUCCUGGGCCAGCAGAUCUAUUUUGUUGUCUUCCAAGCUCCAGAGGCGACCUCCACUCCCCCACUGGAGAUUCCAGGGGAAGAUCCCAAUCUUCCUUUCUCAGAAUCCAGUAGAAAGUGAGCCCCUCGCUUCCUUCAGCACCCCACUUGUUCCAACCGCCCCCCCCCGCCCCCCCCGCCCCGGGCCACCCUCGGGACUCUGCCUCCUUUGCACCUGCUCGGCUACGGCCCCGAGGAUGAUGAUGUGGUCCAACUUUUUCAUGCAAGAGGAGGACCGGCGGCGGCGGGAGGCGGCAGGCCGGCGGCGGGCUCUCGGGCAGCACCAGUCCCGGCUGACGCCGGAGCGGGAAGGAAAGAUCAAGCUGGGACUCCUGCUGAGCGCGGUGGGCGCCACGCUGGCCGUGCUGGCCGUGGGCACCGAGUUCUGGGUGGAGCUCAACACCUACAAGGCCAAUGGCAGUGCGGUGUGCGACGCUGUCCACCUGGGGCUCUGGAAGAUGUGCACCAAGCGACUGUGGCAGGCGGACGUGCCCGCGGGCAGAGACACCUGUGGCCCCGCGGAGCUGCCCGGAGAAGCAAACUGCACCUAUUUUAAAUUCUUUACCACGGGGGAAAAUGCACACAUCUUCCAGAGAACUACAAAGAAAGAGGUGAAUCUGGCAGCUGCCGUGAUAGCAGUGGUAGGCUUGGCACUCAUGGCCCUGGGGUGCCUCUGUAUCAUCAUGGUGCUCAGCAAAGGUGCAGAGUUCCUACUCCGAGUUGGAGCCAUCUGCUUUGGCCUCUCAGGCCUGCUGCUCCUGGUCAGCCUGGAGGUGUUCCGGCAUUCUGUCCAAGCCCUGCUGCAAAGAGUCAGCCCUGAGCCUCCCCCAGCCCCAGCCCUGGCCUACGAAUACUCCUGGUCCCUGGGCUGUGGGAUGGGGGCCAGCCUGGUCCUCCUGCUGGCCAGUGGCUGCUUCCUCCUGCUCACCUUGCCUCCGGGGCCCUGGGGCUCACUCUGCCCCAAGCUGGGGCACAGGGCCACCUAAAGCCAGCACUGUGCCUUCUCUAACUCCUUCCUUUUCUUCUUCUUAUCCCUCAAAGUCUUUCCCCUUGUCCUGGAGAAACUGUGUUCUGCCUGCUGUGGGGCACACGUUGUUUGCACAAACCUCCCUCUCCUGCCUCAUGUUUUCCCUCUGUGAAUAUGUUCUUCUCGGUGGCCGAAUUGGGAUGCUUGGGGUACAAUGGAGAGAGGCCUUUUACAAACGAGGGUCCCCAGGGAAGGCUUGCAGGGGGACCUGAUGGGGUAACUGGGGAGUAGGGUGGGGGGGAUGAGAUCAGGGGGUCUUAGGACGGACUUGGACUGAUUCAUUUCCCAGAUCUGGAUGUAUUCACUUGUGGGAGAGGCAUCUUCCAACUAAUUUGAACCUUGGGGAAACAGGGGAGGGGGAGGGGAAAUCGCUGGGUCUGGCCUCGCUGUGGUCUGGUUUGGGAUUAAAGGUUUGGAAAUUUCAGAGCUUUGAUUUGGAGUCUGUUUGGAUAUGGUUGUGCGUUCCGGGGUGGCGAAGAGGGACCCCUUGUGCUCUCCGGAAACCUGCUACUUAGCAGCCCCGAAGUCACAUGUCAACAAACCCACAGAGUGGCCAGAAAACUCAGCAGCUUAGAGCACACACAUCGUGGGUUGAACUGCAUCCCACGUCUGGACACCUGUGCUGGGAUCCCAACCCCCCCAGGAUCUCAGGGUCUGUUCGGAGGUACCCAGGUGAAAGCGAGGUCAUCGGGGUGGACUCUCCUCCAGUAUGACUGGAGUCCUUGUAAGGAGGGGAGGACGCAGACAGGUGCCGAGGGAAGAAACAGAGGCCCUCAGCUGCCUGUGAACCGAGGAGAGAGCCGGGAACAGAUUCUCCCUCAUGGUCCUCAGAAGGAGACAACCCCGAGACCCGCUGACCCUGGACUCCCUGCCUCCAGAACCUGGAGACAGUACACAGUGUCCUUCAGGCCACCGGUCUGGUCUGUGGUGCUUUGUUAGGGCAGCCCCAGCGGGCUGGACAGAUUCUAGUGCCUGGAAACAGUGUGAUACACGGGGCUCUGGGACGGGGGCAGGGACAGGCGGGGGGCUUUGGAGGUGCCCGACAGAAGAGCCGCCCUGGGCUCCAGGAGACGGUCGGUGGGGACACGCAUCCCCAGGGCUCAGAAGGAGGCGGGGAGAGUUGUAGGGACAGUGGCUGUGUUCUCAGGGAACGCUGUCAUCACUGUGCACUAGAAAGCUGGUAGGAACCGGAACAGCACCAGCUGAUGCUACAGAGAACCAAGACCCACGUCCAGGGCUCCAGCGCUCAGGCCCAAGGACCGGCCUCGCACCUUGGGAAGACCAGGUGUGUAUUUCAACUCCACAGUCACAGCUGGAGGGGGCUCCUGGGAGGCGCAGUCGGGUGGGCGUCUGACUUCCGCUCAGGU